AUGGAUCAUCUGUUGGCGCGCAUGUGGGAGGAGAUGGGUCUCGUGCGAGUGUACACCAAGCCACAGGGCCAGCAGCCCGAUUUCGCCGACCCUGUUGUGCUCUCCACCAUAGGGGCUCGUGCGAGUGUGCCCAAGCUGCAGGGGCAGCAGCAGCCUGACUUUGUGGACCCUGUCGUGCUCUCCACUGACCGUGGAGGGUGCACAGUGCGGGACUUCUGUGACCACAUUCACAGGGGGUUGCUCAAGGACGUGAAGUAUGUGCUGUGCUGGGGCAUCAGCGUCAAGCACUACCCGCAGCGCUGCGGCUUGGCGCAUGUUCUGCGGGAUGAAGACGUUGUGCAGAUCGUGAAGAAGAAGCCCCAUUCUCCCUCCUUCCAUCACCCCGCCCCAUUCUCCCUCCUUCCAUCACCCCGCCCCAUUCUCCCUCCUUCCAUCACCCCGCCCCAUUCUCCCUCCUUCCAUCACCCCACCCCAUUCUCCCGCUUUCCAUCACCCCACCCCAGUCUCCCGCUAUCCAUCACCCCGCCCCAUUCUCCCGCUUUCCAUCACCCCGCCCCAUUCUCCCGCUUUCCAUCACCCCGCCCCAUUCUCCCGCUUUCCAUCACCCCGCCCCAUUCUCCCGCUUUCCAUCACCCCGCCCCAUUCUCCCUCCUUCCAUCACCCCGCCCCAUUCUCCCUCCUUCCAUCACCCCGCCCCAUUCUCCCGCUUUCCAUCACCCCGCCCCAUUCUCCCGCUUUCCAUCACCCCGCCCCAUUCUCCCUCCUUCCAUCACCCCACCCCAUUCUCCCGCUUUCCAUCACCCCGCCCCAUUCUCCAGCUUUCCAUCACCCCGCCCCAUUCUCCCGCUUUCCAUCACCCCGCCCCAUUCUCCCGCUUUCCAUCACCCCGCCCCAUUCUCCCGCUUUCCAUCACCCUGCCCCAUUCUCCCGCUUUCCAUCACCCCGCCCCAUUCUCCCGCUUUCCAUCACCCCACCCCAUUCUCCCGCUUUCCAUCACCCCGCCCCAUUCUCCCGCUUUCCAUCACCCCGCCCCAUUCUCCCGCUUUCCAUCACCCCGCCCCUUUCUCCCUCCUUCCAUCACCCCACCCCAUUCUCCCUCCUUCCAUCACCCCGCCCCAUUCUCCCGCUUUCCAUCACCCCGCCCCUUUCUCCCUCCUUCCAUCACCCCCCCCCCCAUUCUCCCUCCUUCCAUCACCCCACCCCAUUCUCCCUCCUUCCAUCACCCCGCCCCAUUCUCCCGCUUUCCAUCACCCCGCCCCAUUCUCCCUCCUUCCAUCACUCCACCCCAUUCUCCCGCUUUCCAUCACCCCGCCUCAUUCUCCCGCUUUCCAUCACCCUGCCCCAUUCUCCCGCUUUCCAUCACCCCGCCCCAUUCUCCCUCCUUCCAUCACCCCGCCCCAUUCUCCCGCUUUCCAUCACCCCGCCCCAUUCUCCCGCUUUCCAUCACCCCGCCCCAUUCUCCCGCUUUCCAUCACCCCGCCCCAUUCUCCUGCUUUCCAUCACCCCGCCCCAUUCUCCCGCUUUCCAUCACCCCGCCCCAUUCUCCCUCCUUCCAUCACCCCGCCCCAUUCUCCCGCUUUCCAUCACCCCGCCCCAUUCUCCCGAUUUCCAUCACCCCGCCCCAUUCUCCCGCUUUCCAUCACCCCGCCCCAUUCUCCCGCUUUCCAUCACCCCGCCCCAUUCUCCCGCUUUCCAUCACCCCGCCCCAUUCUCCCGCUUUCCAUCACCCCGCCCCAUUCUCCCGCUUUCCAUCACCCCGCCCCAUUCUCCCGCUUUCCAUCACCCCGCCCCAUUCUCCCGCUUUCCAUCACCCCGCCCCUUUCUCCCUCCUUCCAUCACCCCACCCCAUUCUCCCUCCUUCCAUCACCCCGCCCCAUUCUCCCGCUUUCCACCACCCCGCCCCUUUCUCCCUCCUUCCAUCACCCCACCCCAUUCUCCCUCCUUCCAUCACCCCGCCCCAUUCUCCCGCUUUCCAUCACCCCGCCCCAUUCUCUCGCUUUCCAUCACCCGCCCCAUUCUCCCUCCUUCCAUCACCCCACCCCAUUCUCCCGCUUUCCAUCACCCCGCCUCAUUCUCCCGCUUUCCAUCACCCCGCCCCAUUCUCCCGCUUUCCAUCACCCCGCCCCAUUCUCCCUCCUUCCAUCACCCUGCCCCAUUCUCCCUCCUUCCAUCACCCCGCCCCUUUCUCCCUCCUUCCAUCACCCCACCCCAUUCUCCGUCCUUCCAUCACCCCGCCCCAUUCUCCCUCCUUCCAUCACCCUGCCCCAUUCUCCCUCCUUCCAUCACCCCGCCCCUUUCUCCCUCCUUCCAUCACCCCACCCCAUUCUCCCUCCUUCCAUCACCCCGCCCCAUUCUCCCGCUUUCCAUCACCCUGCCCCUUUCUCCCUCCUUCCAUCACCCCGCCCCAUUCUCCCGCUUUCAAUCACCACGCCCCAUUCUCCCGCUUUCCAUCACCCCGCCCCAUUCUCGCGCUUUCCAUCACCCCGCCCCAUUCUCCCGCUUUCCAUCAUCCCGCCCCAUUCUCCCGCUUUCUAUCACCCCGCCCCAUUCUCCUGCUUUCCAUCACCCCGCCCCAUUCUCCCGCUAUCCAUCACCCCGCCCCAUUCUCCCGCUAUCCAUCACCCCGCCCCAUUCUCCCUCCUUCCAUCACCCCGCCCCAUUCUCCCUCCUUCCAUCACCCUGCCCCAUUCUCCCGCUUUCCAUCACCCCGCCCCAUUCUCCCGCUUUCCAUCAGCCCGCCCCAUUCUCCCGCUUUCCAUCACCCCGCCCCAUUCUCCCUCCUUCCAUCACCCAGCCCCAUUCUCCCUCCUUCCAUCACCCCGCCCCAUUCUCUCCUUCCAUCACCCCGCCCCAUUCUCCCUCCUUCCAUCACCCCGCCCCAUUCUCCCUCCUUCCAUCACCCCACCCCAUUCUCCCGCUUUCCAUCACCCCACCCCAGUCUCCCGCUAUCCAUCACCCCGCCCCAUUCUCCCGCUUUCCAUCACCCCGCCCCAUUCUCCCGCUUUCCAUCACCCCGCCCCAUUCUCCCGCUUUCCAUCACCCCGCCCCAUUCUCCCGCUUUCCAUCACCCCGCCCCAUUCUCCCUCCUUCCAUCACCCCGCCCCAUUCUCCCUCCUUCCAUCACCCCGCCCCAUUCUCCCGCUUUCCAUCACCCCGCCCCAUUCUCCCGCUUUCCAUCACCCCGCCCCAUUCUCCCUCCUUCCAUCACCCCGCCCCAUUCUCCCGCUUUCCAUCACCCCGCCCCAUUCUCCAGCUUUCCAUCACCCCGCCCCAUUCUCCCGCUUUCCAUCACCCCGCCCCAUUCUCCCGCUUUCCAUCACCCCGCCCCAUUCUCCCGCUUUCCAUCACCCCGCCCCAUUCUCCCACUUUCCAUCACCCCGCCCCAUUCUCCCGCUUUCCAUCACCCCGCCCCAUUCUCCCUCCUCACACAUUCACGCACACGGACAACAAGCCGAGUGCAAACCGUAG